AUGCCAGUACCGGUCGCGGCCAAAGUUGGCAUUGCCGCAGCUUCGGUUGCCGUAGCGGCUGCUAUUGCUAUCUACGAAAUCCCAGAGGUCCGUCGCGCGGCGGAAGAGCUUCGCAGACGUAUCGCCAUUGCGCUCCAUUCGCUCGGUGACAAUGUCGGCCCAAACAGGCGGGAGCCUCGCUUCAACCGCCCCGAGGACGCCGAAGGCUUUUACCAUCCGUACGGCGUCGAUGCAGAUGAGGAGACUAGGAGGCGACAGCGGGAAGAGUUGAUGUACUGGAAUAUGCGCCGGGAGGAGCAAAAACGGGCCGACAGUCAACGCUCUCGGUCGUCCACUCGGGGCUCAACCUUCGAUGACUUCCUUCAGCCUGACCGGGCCGGCGAGACUGGAACAUACGUCUUCAACACCGGGGCGAAUGCCUGGGACACCGAUUCGCCUAAUGUCCUCCGCCGCCGGCUCAACAACGCCGAGGGUGUGCAGGGCCUUAAUCCCUCGCUCCUCGCCAAUCUUUUCGGCGAUGAGCAUAGCAGCUCUCCGGUAGAACCCGGCGAACUGGCGUUAACGUGCGGCGAUGUCACUUCAGAUGUCUAUAACGCCACACCUCGUCUGCUGUCACCUGUACACUUGUCACCUGUACACUCGUCAGGGCAGCCUCUGACCGUGCAACCAGUGCCGGUGCCACCAGCGAGCGAGGUCCUCUUUGACUUCGCGGCCCACUCGUCAUCGUCGGACGCCCGCAGCGAGCACGCCGCCGCUCUGACUCGGGAAGCCGCUCUUCGUCAACCGCACCCACAAUCGCAACAGGAAAUGAGCACCUCCACCACGACAUCGCGCAGCACCACCGUUGACCGCGAGCUCGCCGAAGACGAGUACAUGACGGCGGGCCAGGAUGACCGAACCCGGGCUGAUGCGUACGCCUCAAUCCAGGCGUGGGCUCAGGGUGAGGGCAUGGGGUUCUACUCCCCGCUGCUCAGCACGCCCGAGGCGCCGAUCUCGGAGCCAGAGAUCAUCAGCGAGGGCCAGCUGACUCCGGCUGACUCGGCUUCGGUAGCGGAAUCAGGGGUGGAUGUCGCUAAGGACAUGGCCUCAGCGAAGGGAGACGACUACGGUGUGAUGACCGACACGGACGACGGGAUACCCACGCCGACUAGUUGGUCUGAGAUUGGGAGCGUGAUCAGCGAGAGUGAGAGUGCGCUCCGUCCGUAG